AUGAGCAAGUCUAAAAGCCUUCUUCCGCGCUUUGCAUUAUGGACCUGCAGCAAUAGCGAAUUUAAAGGGAAAUUCAAGGUGGCAGACCGCAGUCCGUGGAGAAGGUUGUCCGGCCGGCUCCAAAAUCCUUUACGACAUUGGCAAAACGCAGGCAGUCACGACGAAGAUUCACAUUCAAAUGUUACGAACGCCUUCAGGCAAUGUGUGGCUUCCAACAGAGACUCACCAGUCAUUGAUGAGAAGCAUCUACUACCGACCGACGAUGCGGACCUCUUGAUCAAAGGACAGUGCGAAGAUCUUCCAGAACUUCCAGGAGAUAAUCGGCAGCGCCAACCAUACGAGGAGGUAAGAAACCAGGUUGGCGGAAAAGUCGAGACUUUCAGCAAAGAUAUUCGAAUAGCGAUCGCAGGUGGACCGUAUGCCCAUGCGCGAGCACUGCUAGAUACUCAAUGUCAAAGCGGGAACUGGAUCUCUCGGCGACUUGUCGAACGCUUAGGCAAAACCAGCGAAAUUUUGGGCGUCAAUAAUCCUCCAAGCCUAAAGGCCGCCAGCGGUCACAGUAUAACACCCUAUGGCGUACUAUCCCUUGACUGGAGAUGGAAUGAAACAGGAAAUAGAGUGCAUCGAUGCGACUUCUACGUCUCUCCUGAGUCAGACCAUCUUGAUAUUAUCUUUGGGGCCGAGUACCUUGCAGCUGAGGACCUUGUCACCGUCCCUGUGUGCUCUUUCUCACCCCUGACGCAAGAUAGAAAGGAUACCGACGCUCAGGAGGCCGAGAAAGCCAAGGCAAAGCAGCAGCAAGAGAAGAAGAAGGCUGAGGUUGAGCUCGAAUAA